AACGCAUAGAGUCACAAUUAUAAUAGAAUAGAAUAUUCACACGCAAAGGCUUAUUUCCGCCGGUGGAUUUCUUUCUUUCUUUCAGUUAGAUAUUUUUACCUUCGUCUCAUUUUCAGCGCACAAAACUUUUGUGUUUGGCAGGCAGCGUAGAAAACGUGAAGAGAAAAUUAGGAAUUUUUUUUGAUUCAACUCGGAAAACACCGAGAAAAAUCUCCUUUUCUUUCACCGAUAUCCUCGCCAAGGUGUUAUUCGAAACACAAAAUCUCAAUCCAACUUUUUUUCUUCCCUCAUUCGUUCAGUUGAUCGUGGUUGUGUGACAGAGCGUGCAUAAGAGGAUCGUGGAUUGGGAAGCGUAGUUUUGUGUUUUGUUAUUUUUUUUUUUGGUUUUGUUCUGUUCAGCAUUUGCUUGUUGCAAGAGCAAAGUCGCGAUUUGUGCAACUAUGAGAACUUCGUGGGCAGAUUCUGCUGACAACUCAGCCAUUGGUUCUGGCAAUGGCAAUUUCUCGGCUCACCCUCCCCGAGGUGCAUAUGUGCCUCCGCAUCUUCGCAACAGGUCAUUGUCGUCGGAGGUUCCUGCAGUGUCACACUCGCCGGCUCCUUUACCGGCGAAUGACAGAGGGAAUCCUGGUGGUGCAGCUCCUCAUCAGGGAGGUGGUUACUUUAAAGCUGAUCAAGGGCGGCAACAAGGAUAUGGUUCUGGUUAUCAGACUGGUGGUGGCUGGAAUGGUAGAGGGGCGGGGAGGGACCGUGGGAGGCGAGAGGUGAACCCUUUUGAGAAUGAUGAAGCUGAUGAUAAAUCUCUGGAGCAAGAGAACAGUGGGAUUAACUUUGAGGCUUAUGAUGAUAUCCCUGUGGAGACUAGUGGGGACAAUGUGCCCCCGCCUGUGAAUACAUUUGCUGAAAUAGAUUUGGGCGAGGCAUUGAAUCAUAAUAUACAGAGAUGCAAGUAUGUGAAACCAACCCCGGUUCAGAGGUAUGCCAUUCCAAUUUCCCUUUCUGGGCGAGACUUGAUGGCCUGUGCUCAGACCGGGUCAGGAAAGACAGCUGCCUUUUGCUUCCCUAUUAUAAGUGGAAUAAUGAGGGAGCAAUAUGUUCAAAGGCCACGUGUGGCUAGAACUGCUUUUCCGAUGGCACUUAUCCUCUCCCCCACACGGGAACUUUCAUGUCAGAUACACGAUGAGGCCAAAAAGUUUUCUUACCAAACAGGUGUGAAAGUGGUGGUUGCUUAUGGAGGAGCUCCAAUCACACAACAGUUACGGGAGCUUGAGAGAGGAGUUGAUAUUCUGGUGGCUACUCCAGGAAGAUUGGUGGAUUUGCUCGAGAGGGCUCGGGUGUCACUACAGAUGAUAAGGUAUUUGGCACUUGAUGAGGCAGAUCGGAUGCUGGACAUGGGUUUUGAGCCUCAAAUAAGAAAGAUAGUUGAACAAAUGGACAUGCCUCCUCCGGGCAUGAGACAGACACUGUUGUUUAGUGCCACAUUUCCAAAAGAGAUACAGAGACUUGCAUCAGAUUUUCUUUCAAAUUAUGUGUUUCUGGCUGUUGGAAGGGUCGGUUCAAGUACUGAUCUAAUUGCUCAAAGAGUAGAAUAUGUUCUUGAGUCAGACAAGAGAAGCCAUCUCAUGGAUCUUCUUCACGCUCAGAGGGAAAAUGGAAUUUACGGCAAGCAAGGUCUGACAUUAGUUUUUGUGGAAACCAAGAAAGGAGCUGAUGCUUUGGAACACUGCUUGUGUGUUAAUGGAUUUCCUGCAGCUAGCAUUCAUGGUGACAGAACACAACAAGAAAGAGAACUAGCAUUGAGAUCGUUCAAGACUGGAAACACACCAAUUCUAGUGGCAACGGAUGUUGCAGCACGUGGUCUGGACAUCCCUCGGGUGGCACAUGUGGUAAAUUUUGAUCUUCCGAAUGACAUUGAUGAUUACGUGCACCGAAUAGGAAGAACGGGGCGAGCUGGUAAAAUGGGACUAGCAACGGCCUUUUUCAAUGAAAGUAAUGUAUCCUUGGCCAAACCAUUGGCUGAUCUGAUGCAAGAGGCUAAUCAAGAAGUUCCUGCCUGGCUCACCCGUUAUGCGGCAAGGGCUGCCUACAGUGGUGGCAACAGAAACAGGAGGUCAGGGGGAUCCCGUUUUGGUGGUCGUGAUUUUAGGAGGGAGGGCUCAUUUAAUAAAUCAACAGAGUACUAUGGCGGUGGAAACGGUGGUGGAGCUGCUGGGGGAUAUGGCAAUUACGGUGGAGGAGGAGGGUACGGUCAAGGUGUGACAAGUGCUUGGGAUUAGAUUAGUGUCACAUCACUAAUUCAUUCUCACGUUGAUUGUAUAUAAAUUUCAGACUUUAAUGGUGAAAAGCUGUAUCUUCUCAACCAUGGUUUGCCUGCACCCAUGCAUUCCUUACUGGAUGAAUCUUUUAUCAUAGGCUUGGUUUUGCUGGUUAGGCAAAUGAGGUGGGGGAAAUGCUGCAUAUGGAGAAGACAAAAUCUGUAAGCAACCCAAAAAUUUCUGACUGGAUGACUUGUUUGAGUCUGUAUUGUAGAAGAAGAGGGAGAGGGUGUAAACAGAUUGGAUGGGGACGAAAGGACUGAUAUUACUGAGAGUUUAAAUGGUGGGUAAUGCUGUGUUAUGUAUUUUUUUGUUAGGUCCUUAGCCUUUGACACUUAAGUCAGGAGUUAUCCUUAAUUAGCAUGCACAUAUUGUUGAUUUCAUUA